AUGGGCCAAGAAAACAGCAAGCCAGCUCAUCGCCUCCCUCCUCGUCACCUUCGCCCAGUCCUUCCCAAUGGGCGUCACCCUCUUCCAAUCGCGCCUGGACUAUACGCGCCCGAGCUUCAGGCGCAAGUAGAAGCUGCCCAAGCAGUGAUGGUGAGCCAAGCACCAGAGAAGCCCGACACUAGCAACGUUGACGCUCCUGUCGAUGGCCCUAUUGAGGCACCAGUUCGCGGCUCCGUUGACACCGGCAUCACUGCCCAAGGAAACGCUUCUGCUGUCGUUGCUGUCGACGCCCCCGCAGCUCAACCCUUUGCCGCCGGGACCGGUCAGGUCCCUGGCCCGGAACCUGCCAUGGCUCCGGUAUUUGGCCCCCGCCCCGCCCCAUUCAGGUGCCAGAUAUGCGGUAAAGACAGCUAUACCGCAGACAAUCUGAAGGAGCACGUGACGUUCUUGCACAUCGGCACCCGCUGCUUCUGGCAGGGCUGCGGCUUCGCGGCCGCCAACGAGGUCGGCCUCCGCCAGCACAUUAUACUCGCGCACAAGUGGACCAAGCGCGAGGACGGCCGCUUCCAGUGCAACUGGAGGGGAGACGCGAACGGUGUGGGCGCCUGCCAGAAGACGUUCGCUACGCCCAACAGCGCGACACGGUGCGCGCGAAAGCAUACCUUUGAGGCCGCGAUGAGGGAGCGGGAGAAUGCGAUGGAGGAGUAG